AUGUAUAAUAAAGAAAAAGAAUAUUUACGUCAAAUUGCCAAAGCAAGUGAGGCAAUAAGACGUAAGCAUCGCAUGUUUAAAUUAGGAAAAGAAGAUGCUGAAAAUAUCUUGACUACAACAUUCAAACCUAUAGUUGAACCUUUACAAAAAAUUAUUUCUAUAAAUGAUAUUAAACUUGAAAAUGCCGACAUUGAAAAGAGAGAAAAGAGAGAAAAGAAAGUUGAAGAGGAAUAUAAUGGUGAAAAUGAUUAUGAUGAUGUUGAAGAUGAUUUUAUGGGUUUUAUGAAUGCUAAUCAGAUUGAUAAAACAAUAAUUCCAGACUUUGAAUAUGAUAAAGUACUAGGAAAAUAUAUUUACUUGAUAAAUCACAAUAGAAAGCAAUGUUUGGAUCAAAUUUAUGGAGUAUACAAAAAUGAAAAUGGAUCGCUUAUGAUGGGUGAUACACCAAUAUAUUUUAAAGAUAAUGUUGUAAAUGUUGGAAACAAACGUUUUAAUAUUACCACUGGAUUGUUGGAACUUUUAUUUAAAAAUAAAACAAAAGACGCAUACAUUAGUGAAGAUGACAUGAAUAAUUAUAAACAAAUUCUUAUUAUGUCAAAUGCACACAAAAGAAAAUAUAAAUCUUCUGAACCCAUCAAUACAAGUAAAAGUUUAAAGUACAGUAAUAUUAUAUCCAAACUUUUUCCAAAUAAUAAUGGAACUUCUAAAGAGCAAUUAAAAACUGGUACAUCUCUUCCAAAGUUUAUGAUUACAAAGCAAAAUUUUCAACCAGACUACAUUUAUUGGGAUGAUCCAAAUGAGUUAGUUGAGCGUUUAAAAUUGCUUACUGCAUCUCAAGAAGCUGGUAAUCCAAGUCACAAUAAUGAAAUUAUGUCCAUUAUUGAGGAGUUACGGGAAGCUAAAAUUAUAUAUUAG